UCCUGCUGUGAUGGGGGAGCUGGGUUUAUGUGCGUCCUUUGAAUAAGGGAGGGGUCUGUCAGGCUGCGGGGGUCUCACGCCUGCCUGGCAAGGUAGAGUGCACAAACCCCAGGCUUGGCCCUUCCUCGCUUGAGAGCUGGAAGUGUCGUGGCAGUCCAUGCAGCCUCGGAAUGCCUUCCUCUGUUUCCCCACGGUCCAGUUCCCUGUUGGCAAUAAUUGCGUUUUCAGUUGACUUUUUACUUUUUCAUUUACUCAGUACACAGCCUGUGAGUGAAGGCCGUUGUGGUGAGAUCACAGUGAGAUCUGUAGUCUGCAGGGGGUUGUAAAGAGGUGAGGCAUCUACGUGGCUGUCAGGAGUGCCUAAAUUAUGGUAAAGGAAAGAAUGAGAUCGGGAGGGGAUCAAAAAAAUCUUUCUGUGUGUGAAGCCACGGUGGAGCGGUAGGGGUUGGGUUGUCCGUGUGUUCCUGUGAGGCGGUGCCGUUGGGUACUGUGUUGGGGUAUAAAAGCUGCUGAGGCGAACAGCAGGAGAGGUACUGGAGUUGUCUGGAUUUACAACUGGUUUAAGUGCUUGUGUGCUGCUCGCGUACGUCAUCGCUGUGUGGCUGAGGAUGGCUGACCUGCCGACGUCCUUUUGCAGUGGCUCUCUGCUUUCCCCCUGCAGGGCUGGCAGGCCCGUGGCUCUGAUGGGAUGGGGUGCUCUCGCACUCUGUCCUCCAGCCUCGUCUGUAGCAGGAUGGCAAGUGGUGAUAAAAGGUUGUUGAGAAACUGAGGGCUGAGAGCGUGAUAUGACAUUAAAAGUUUAAAGGCUGCUGGGCAAUAAUUACAUAAACGAUGCAGACAAGUCCAGAUCUAGGAACAGUUUUUCCUCUUUCAUCCCAAGCCAGUCAUGGCUCAUGCUGACAGCACACCUGGAAAUGAGGUAACUGAAUACUCUGCCCACACUGUUCAGAUUUGCUGGGGCUUGGGCACAGGCACAGCAUCUGUUUUUCUCUGCUCCUGGGCAACCUUUGUUCUCCUGCGGCCCAGAAGUCUCGCUGAUGAAAAGAGACAAGACAGGGCGCUUCUCUUCCUUUCUCGGGAAGGAUGCUCCUAAGCCACCCGUGGUGUGACUUUCCUGAGAAAUGCCCUUUCCAGAUGCGGAGAUCUUGCUGCUGUUGGAGCAUGAGGCGGAAAUACUUCCAGCGCUGCCUGAACAUGUUAUUUAGGUCAGUUGCAAGGAAGAUGGCAACAUGAAUCAGAAAGGGAGUUGGAAGAGGAGGAAAGUCAUUUGACAGCACCUUGACAUCCCCUGCCAGUGCAGGAUUUUUCUCUGCCAGCACAGAAGCAGCUGGAGAUCACAUUUUUUGCUUUCCGUGCUCUCUGUACACUCCUGUAACUGAGUAGCUGGACUGGAAAUGAUAGAGAAGGCUGCAGACAAAAGCCUUGCCUUUAUCACUCUGCAUCAGUGUACCUAUUUCCUGGUGUAUGAACUAAUCUGUCUGAAACAGAGAGACAGGGCAAGGUCUCCUCCUUAUCCCUCUGGAAAACAAGAUACAUCAGAAUAAUUGCUCUAACUGCGUCCAUUUGGGGUGAAUGAGUCUCCAGAAGAUGCUUUUGUGGAGGCAGAGUCAUCACAUUUUUGUGGCGACGGCUCGCUGGCAGGGCACUGGCCGAAGUCGCUGGGAUGAUUUUCCCACCAGGUAAUGGGCAGGCGGUGCCUGGGGCCCCGCGGCAGCACCCGGGAGCUGAGGGGUGCUCAGGGUGAAGCAGAGCCAACAGCCGGGGUGCGCUGGGCCGGCUCUUGGGCCGAAGGGAUCUCAGCGAUGGUGGGAAACCUCCGAAGAACGUCCCCUUGGGCAGGGCUUUGCCGAGCACUCUGCUUCCCUUCCCAGAGGAAGCAGCCUGAAUUUACCCGUAGAGACCUGUAGGCUAAAACAAAUUAUUCUUACGCAGUAGAAAACAUUGAGACCAACCUUAACUGAUGAAGCAAUUUGCCAGCUUUUAGCCUCAAGGUCCCUAGUCCCUCAGGGCUUUCCAGCGUAAUGACUUGGGUCGGUUUCCCAGAAAGAUUCCCUUGGAUAUGUGCUGUUGGCAAUGCUCUGGCUCAUUACUGGCCAUUUUAUUUUUCCAAGAGCCAGCUCUUGCUAGCUUCGUUCUCACAGUAUUGUUUUCUUUCUAGAAGAAGCUUUUGCUGGCUCUCCUAAACUAUCACAUGGGAAUUGCUUACUAGCUUAGAUUUAUUUUUUUUUGUUUUGACCCAAAGCUGCGCUUCGCUCCCCUCUGUAACACUGCCAACAUCAUUUCCAGUCUCUUUUAAGCAUAUGUUUUGCAAUAAUAUCUAAACUCUUGGCUCCAAAUAACUGCCUUACAGAGAGAUUAGUAUCUUUUAACAAAGGAAUUGAGAGGCAAAUAGCAAGAACAAAAGCAGGGUCUUGAGAUCCUGUAAGACUGUCCUGACCUUUCCCGAAGGCCUCAGCCUAGACUUCAGCAUUUAGCUCGCAGAUGGCAGAAAUCAGGGUGGACUUCAGUGUGCGCAGUCCUCUGCCCGGUCUCCGUGUUUGCACUGCACGUUGUUGCCAUCUGGGCUUGACGGGACUAUUCUUACGAUCUCCAGGGAGCCUUCUCUAGCAGAGCUCAUCUCUGAUGGAAGUCCUCUUUGGCUGACCUUGCACGGGGGCUAGUAUUAGCAGUGUGGAUUUUUGAGAUGUGACAGCAGCAUUCUUUGUAGGAAGAAAACUGUCUUGGGAAAUGUUUUGUCCUGGCUGGGAAAGAAGGUCUACCACUUGCCAGCUGUGUUCCCCAGGUGUCCAGCUAGGUACACGGUAUUAAACUAGAGAGUGAGUCAACAUUAACAUCGUAAAAACGUCAGGAGAAGGUGCUACGGGGUUGCAGAGGCCUUCAGAACCCGGCUGAAAAAUUGCUUUUGCUUUAGAUGCGAGAACUAGGGGUAGAGGUGGGAAGGAAGUUGUGCAGGGCCGCUCGGGACUUGGCAGCCGUGCUGGGAGCACGCCCCGGAUCUUCUGAUGUUCAAAACCUCCUCCUUGGUUCCGCGCGUGUCUGGGAGGCUGUGUCUGAUCCGCAGAAAUAAAGACCGGUGGUUACAGAAUUGGCACCUUCAGAAGUGACAUUUCUCUCCUAAUUAGCACGUUGCUCAAUUUGGGUUGCAGGUGAGGGAGGCCCCCAGACCGGCACCAUGACCGAGUGCUUCGACUGCGACAACUGCAAGGAGUCCCUGUACGGGCGCAAGUACAUCCAGAUGGACAACGGCCCGUACUGCAUCCCCUGCUACGACGCCCACUUUGCCAACACCUGCGACGAGUGCAAAGAGCUGAUCGGCCACGACUGCAGAGAGCUGUACUACGAGGAUCGCCAUUACCACGAGCACUGCUUCCGUUGCUUCCGCUGUGACCGCUCCCUGGCCGACGAGCCCUUCACCUGCCAAGGCGAGGAGCUGCUCUGCAACGACUGCUACUGCAGCGAGUUCUCCUCCAAAUGCAUUGCCUGCGAGAAGACAGUCAUGCCAGGAUCCCGUAAACUGGAGUACAACGGACAGACCUGGCACGAGCACUGCUUCAUCUGCAGCAGCUGCCAGCAGCCCAUCGGGUCACGAUCCUUCAUCCCAGACAAGAAGGAUUAUUACUGUGUCCCCUGUUACGAGAGCAAGUUCGCUCCUCGCUGCACUCGUUGCAAAAAGACCCUGACCAAGGGGGGAGUGACCUACCGCGACGAGCCGUGGCACAAGGAGUGUUUCGUCUGCACGGGCUGCAAGACCCCCCUGGCCGGGCAGCAGUUCACCUCCCAGGACGACAACCCCUACUGCAUCAAGUGCUUUGGGAACCUCUAUGCCAAGAAGUGCAGCGCCUGCACGAAGCCCAUCACAGGCUUUGGCGGGGGUAAAUACGUCUCCUUUGAGGACCGUCACUGGCACCACAAUUGCUUUAACUGCGCCCGCUGCAGCACCUCGCUGGUCGGGAAAGGCUUCAUCCCUGACAACGAUGAGAUCCUGUGCCGCGACUGCAGCAGCGACCUAUGAGGCUCCGAGGGCGCCGCGGGGCAGGGGCUUUCUCUACCCUUCAGGGCCCUUGUGCCAGACGCCCCGACAACACUCCAGGGGCAGGGCACAAGGCACAGGAGCUGGGGGCUGACCCCGAACCGCGGUGUGGUCAGGGGGUUCCUGUGCCCCUCCCUGAAGGCUAGAGUACGCUACACUAUGGCUCUGUGCAGAGUCAAAGCUAAAUAAAUUUGAAA